AGAAACGCGACUGGUUACGUAAAGUCAGAAUCGCUGCUUGGCGUCAAACAAACAGCUCAUAUCAUUGACUUCCACCUGGUUUUGUUCACGUUUGACUUGAAGACAAAAUACCACUUUCACAGUUGCCACUUUGUAUUGUGCCAAGGCAUUGUCGAGCUGAAGACGAUAAUUGGUAGAAAGAUCCAGCAGAGGAGGUUGGGUGGAAAGGGCCAGAGAAGGGAACUUGGAAAAGGCUUCAGUCAAAUCCUGAUCAUGGCUGCCAAGCAUCGCCUAGGGAACACAAUCAGGGAAUCACUCUACUGGGAUGAUACAGAGUGCCUAAACUACUAUGGGAUGUUGUCUCUCCAUGAGAUCUUUGAAGUAGUGGGAUGUCAGCUGACAGAGACUGACAUUGAAGUUCUGUCUUUCCUUUUGAAUGAAACCUACACUGCACAACACCCUCUUGACCCUUCAGGCUGGACAGUUGAAGCUGCUGAGGACAAUCCAGAAGACACGGGUGUGACCCCAAGUCCACAACUGCUUAAAGCAUGGAGGAGGUUACAGCCUACAGAAUCUGGGCAGCCCUUGGUGGACUUAAGGCCUAAGAGUGGCAUAGAGCUUUUGCUAGAACUUGAGAGGAGAGGAUACCUUUGUGAUGGAAACCUGGAACCUCUGCUGCAACUGCUGAGAGUCCUCACCCGCCAUGACCUUUUGCCUUUAGUGUCCCACAAGAGGAGAAGGACAAUAUCACCAGAGAGGGCUAGACCGAGAUAUGAACUGGAUCACACAGAAUUGGUGUCUGGGUUACAGAACACCUGCAGCGAAACAGAAAUGUCACUUCCAUCUUUCACACAACAAUUGAGAACAGAUAUUUACUCUCCCGUGGACUGCUCGUCUACAAGGAGACGGAGGAAGAGGAGAGGAAAUGGCUGGUGCCGUAGGUCCAAGAAAACCAGUAGACCGGUUCAGCCAGCGCCUCCAGCACCACAGAAAGUGUCUUGUGAUAUCCGCCUGCGGGUCCGUGCUGAGUACCUGGAGCACGAGUCGGCGUUGCGUGACGGCGUGGCCUCGGACAAGCGGCAGCCGCUGGAGCGACAGUUUGAGCUCUUCAGCCGGGCCAGCUCGCUGCUGCGAGCCAGAGAUCUGGGCUCCAUCGUCUGCGACAUCAAAUUCACAGAGCUGGACAACCUGGAGGCCUUCUGGGGUGACUACCUGAGCGGAGCCCUGCUGGAGGCCCUGAAAGGGGUUUUCAUCACCGACUCCCUGAGGAUGGCGGCGGGCUCGGAGGGCGUCCGUCUCCUGAUUAGCGUGGACCAAGAUGACUACGAGGAGGGCCGGAGGCUGCUGAGAGCCAGGAAAAUGAUGUCAUCAACUUGUGGUGGGCGCAUAGAGAAUCCUUAG